AUGUCGUGCCCCUCCCUCCCUCCCUGGGAGGCCGACACACUCACUCUGCGCCCCUCGCGCGCCUACCUCGACCUCUUCUGUUCGCACUACCGCGCCAUCGACACGGCCGACCCGCUCUUGCACUUCCGCUUUACGCCCUCUGCGCCGGAACAACCUGUCCACCACUCGCGCCUUCUGUUCGUUGGCGGUCCACUCGCCGCACUCGCCACCCGCGACUUUCGCGAGAAGAACAGUGCUGUUGUCACCCUGUCCCCGCUCGAUGCGCCGGACGUCUUCGCCCUCAUCCGCCGCUUUCUCUACGCCGCACCCCUCCCGCUCGAAGACGUCGCCGUUGACAGAUUGUUGCGUCUCGCCAGAGCCACCCAUCGAUGGCAGCUAACACCCCUUUUCGAGGCCCUCUGCACGUUUGUAGCGGAGCAGGGCUUUUUGGAUGACCCGCAGAAUGUCCUGCAGGCCGCCGACUUGUCCACCCUCCCCGACGUCCCGCCCCUCUUCGUGACCACCUUCUGGACAGCUGCUGCCAAGGCCUUCGAUGAUUUUGGCCCGCAGCCACUUCCGAAGCGAGGGCGUUGCCGCCUUGCGUUGGAAGAUAGCGAUGAUGAAGACGCUGCGUCGUCCAGCGAGCAGAACCCCGGCACCAGCGCCAAGUCAGCCGAUAUCCCGCCUAUUCUCGCCCGCCUUUGCCCCAGAUUUCCGCACAUUUGGGACAUAGCCUUAUCACAGCAAAUACUCCCCUCCUUCCUGCUCUCUGUCAGCUCCUUCUCUAAGCGCGACCUCACAAUCGACUUGCUCGACCUUCUCGUGCAGUAUAUCGAGCCGCGUCUUGCCAGCGACGACGUCCUCGUUCGCCUCUUUUCUGCACUGGACCCGGGCGCUGUGAGCGCGGAAAGGCUCUUCGAGCGGCCUUCUCUCGUGAGUGAGUGCUCGCCGCGCGCGAUGCGACUGCUGGCCAAAUCGAUACUGUCCGCGUCGCAUCUCAAGCAUGAGAUGUCGUUUUCGUGGGAGAUCCCGUCCAUGGUUUCUGGCAUGGUGCGCAAGACCUUCUUUUUUGGCGCUUGUUCAUACGCGGGUAAGGAUAACGCGUUUAGUGCACUAUCGGCGCGCGUGCAUAUAGAAGAAGAUAAGGGGCUGUACAGCACAGAGUCGUGCGUACUGUUUAAUCUAGAUGCACUUGUGACGGGCGGUUCACCAAGCAUGUUUCAUUUGCAGUGGGAUGUUGGGCACGCUUUCCCGCUCAAAGAUAAGGACAUGGACUUACGCGUUGCCAUCAUCGACUCGGAUUGCUCAUGCCCGUGCUAUCGCGCGAGGGGGGGGAAGGAAGUGCAACUGGCUAAGGGUCUGUAUGAACCGAACUUGUAUGAAUGGAAGCGGAGCGAGAAGGUGGAGCGGUCGAACAAGAUUUCGGUCGUUCUUCCCAAGGACUCAUUCGAGGCGCUGAGGGAGAGACACAACUAUAGCACAAGUAACCCGCUUACAAUUUGGCUGCACGUGAGAUUACGAUAGCUAUUGUCCGGAAACGUGCCUUGUCCUGUCUCAGUUGGACGAUAUCUGGCGAAAAAUCUGUUUCGUUGCACGCAGCAUGCCCUGUGCCACUGAACAGGACUUUCAAGAGGUGCCAGCGCCAUUCGUUAAGUGUAGCGACGCAAGUACAAUAAGCUUGAUUUUUGCGCUGAAGUUAUUCAGACCUUUACAUAAGACUGCAAGGCUGAGAAGAAAUCGCAGUUGCAGAUAGUGUAUGUCCAACCUUGUUAAUAUCCACGAUCUAGAGGCCCGCGCGAACAGCUAACCUAAUGACCGACUCUUCGAUACUGCUUUCAUACCUCGCAGAAAAAGUAGUGUACUCAAGCCCACCUGUUCUCGACGCGACCCUCAAAGCCUUCCUGUACGUCGGACUGUUAACAUCAAUAACAUCGUUUUCACAUCCGACCUUCUC